AUGGAUCCAAUGUCAAAAGAAGGAACUAACGAGACUAUUCCGUUAAGACCUCUAACAACUUCAAGGUCUUAUAUGCCAGUAUCUGAAGUUGGUCGAACAGUUGGCACGACCUAUUUUCUUUUUUCGACACUAUUUGCGUCUAUUAUUCCAAUAAUUCAAUUAGGAAUUGGCUUACAUUACAAAGGACAAUGUCCAAUCGAUGAAAGUAUUCCAACUUACAUGAUCGUAGCUGGUAUAUGUGGUUUAGCAUUAGUUGCACUGUCAUUAUUUCUUGCUAUUACAUUUAAAUGUUUCAUUUCGGAUUCAACAACAUUAACAAUAUUGGCCAGUUGUGGUAUAUGUUUAAAUGUGCUAGCAACAUUUCUUAUUUCAAUUUUUGUUUUUAUUUGGUUUAUUCUUGGUUGUGUAUGGGUAUUUAGUAUUCGUGACCGAGUAGAAUUUGAAGAUCAGCCAAAGUCUACGAAUUAUUGUCAUCCUGUCUUGUAUAAAUCAACAUUCGCAUUACUUAUUAUAACAAUUGUUUGGGCUUGUAUUCAAUGUUGUUUAUCAUGUUAUAGAACAUUUUAUCCACGUCGACAGGCUUAA